AAAAGCUGUCGUGCACAUUUUUGUUGUCAUGUGACUGCAGCGUGAACAGGAAGCAGCUGAUCUUUUGCUGCUUUCUUCUGCUUUCACGCUCUAUUUCUAAAACAAAACAAGCACAAAGUAUAAGUAGCUGCUCUGUCCGGGUGCAGCUGAAGGAGAAGAACCAGAGCUGCUGCAGACACUGACAGAAGUCACCUGACCUGCAGCUCAGAGGAAUAGUUUUCAUUGUGCCUGCUAAGGGGGAUGUCAAGCACAGCAAUGAAGAAAAAGGUGUUACUGAUGGGGAAAAGUGGGUCUGGAAAGACCAGUAUGAGAUCAAUCAUUUUUGCCAACUACAUAGCUCGAGACACACGGCGCCUUGGAGCGACCAUUGAUGUGGAACACUCCCAUGUACGGUUUCUUGGCAAUCUGGUGCUAAACCUAUGGGACUGUGGAGGACAGGACACUUUCAUGGAGAACUACUUCACCAGCCAGCGGGACAACAUUUUUCGAAACGUAGAGGUGCUAAUUUACGUGUUUGACGUUGAGAGUCGUGAGCUUGAGAAAGAUAUGCAUUACUACCAGUCGUGUUUGGAGGCCAUCCUACAGAACUCAGCCGAUGCCAAAGUGUUUUGCCUCGUGCACAAAAUGGAUCUGGUGCAGGAAGACCAGAGAGAUUUGAUCUUUAAAGAACGUGAAGAGGAUUUGAAGAGACUGUCUCGGCCUUUGGCCUGCACGUGCUUCAGGACAUCAAUCUGGGAUGAAACUCUCUAUAAGGCCUGGUCUAGCAUCGUGUAUCAGCUCAUCCCCAACGUACAGCAGCUGGAGACAAACCUGAGAAAUUUUGCGCAGAUCAUAGAGGCGGAUGAAGUUCUUCUGUUUGAAAGAGCCACUUUCUUGGUGAUUUCUCACUAUCAGUGCAAAGAGCAGCGUGAUGCUCACCGAUUUGAGAAAAUCAGCAACAUCAUCAAACAGUUCAAACUCAGCUGCAGUAAACUUGCAGCCUCCUUCCAGAGCAUGGAAGUAAGGAACUCCAACUUUGCAGCCUUUAUUGAUGUCUUCACCUCCAACACAUAUGUUAUGGUCAUCAUGUCUGACCCGUCCAUUCCCUCUGCAGCCACACUCAUCAAUAUCCGCAAUGCUAGGAAACACUUUGAGAAGUUGGAGCGGGUGGAUGGCCCCAAGAACAGCCUGCACAUGCGAAUGCGUUAACCAUAUACGUCUGUUAUCACAGCAGGAUCAUUAACUCAGCCAAUCAGUCAUCGGACUGCAGAUUUCACGUUGCAGCACUGUGUUGUUUUUCUUUGUGUCCACAUUUGAUUAAAGUUACAAUUGAAAAU